AUGGAUACCCUAUCAAGGAUUACUUUGCCCCCCACUUGUUACAGCCUGCAGUUCCCAAAAAUCUCUGCAUUUUCUCGUUUUCCAAAUGCUUUUUCCGCAACCACUCCCCUGGUUUCAGUGCUAAGAGUAAGAGCUGGUCCUCCUUCAGUGAAUGAUGUCGAUGAGGAUGUCUUGCAAAUAUUUUUCAAAGAGAGAGAAUUAAAUGGCGAUUUUAUAUCAAGAACUUCUGAUUUAUUAUGGAGAAGAAAUUUCAGAAAUUCUGGUGAUUAUGAUAUUAGCAUGCUCACUGACAACACUUCUGAACAAACAGAGCAGAUCAUAGAAACCAACAAUGAUGGCGGUUUUUUAAAACUUAAAGGAACUCAGGAGUGGUUAACAGGUGAUAAUUCUCCUCCAAUAAACAAGAAGAUGACUGCUCAGAUGUUACAGGACAGCAGCGCAAGAUACAAGAAACUGAACAUGCUCAAAUAUGAAUCUCUCAAGAGGGAAUUACUGCUUCUAUCUGUGGGUAUUGGAUUCGCUUGCAGUGGAUAUUGCUUGGUAAUUUUUUCAGUGCAGGCUGCUAUAAGUUAUGCGAUUGGAGUACUUUUCAGUUGCUUGUACCUUCAACUAUUGUAUCAACAUGCAGACAACCUAUCCAAUGAAAAUGUUCCUCAAGUAUUCAAGAAAAAAAAGUCAAAGAAAAUUGGUAUAAGAAGUGAGGACCUUGAAGAUUUCUUGGAGAGGUCAAUCAAGGGUAGCAGUAUAUCACUUUCAUCUCCCAGGCUUGUUAUUCCAGCAACAAUAUAUGGACUUUGGGUCCUGUUUCAUCAGUACUUUACCAAUGACUUCUUUGAUUUCCAGCUUGUGCCAGCCAUGUUCGGAAUGUUUGUCUACAAAGCUGCUGUUCUGGUGCAAGUUUAUAGGGACAAUGAAGGCUUGCGGUUUGUAUUUCCAGAAAAUGAAGAUUGA